AUGUCCGACGGCGACGACGACGAGCGACCCGCGGCGCUGACGUCGCUCCUCGGCGGCUACGGCUACGGCUCCGGGUCCGGCUCCGACGACGACGACGACGACGACGACGGCCGCGGCGGCGACGACGACGAAGGCCCCGCCGCGGGCCCGGCGCGGCCGAGCGCCGAGGAGAUGCGACGCGCGGCCGCGGCGGCGUACGGCGGCGGCGAGGACGAAGGCCCCGCCGCGGGCCCGGCGCGGCCGAGCGCCGAGGAGAUGCGACGCGCGGCCGCGGCGGCGUACGGCGAGGCGGCGAGGACUUUCCCCGCCGAUCGCGAGGAGGAGGAGGCGGAGGCGAAGGAGGAGGAGGAGGAGGACGACGACGACGACGAACCCGUCGCGGGGCCGGCGCGGCCGCCCCCCGGCGCCGCCGCCGCCGCGAUGUACGCGUCGUACGCCGACGCCGACGACGACGCCGACGCCGACGCCGGCCCGGCCGCGGACCCGUCGCGCGACGACGCGCGCGACGCGGACCCGCCGCCGUCGCCCCCGCCGCCUCGUGAGCGCCCUCCUCGACGGCUUCACAGCGCCCCGGACGCGAUCGUCGCGAAGGUGGCGCUGCCGCCGGAGCCGCCCGGGGAGUGCGAGACGGUGAUGCGGUCGGGGGAUUCGCUCCAGACGAAGGUGAAGCGUUGGACCGAGUUGAAACGCGCCGGCGUGCGCGUCGUCGACAGGCUGAGAUCGACCAAGGCGUUUCGGAACCCGGACUUUCUCGAGUCGGUGGUGUCGCACUUCGAGAUCGAGGAGCGCGCGACGAUGUUCGCGAAGGACGCGUUCGAUCCGAGCGAUAACGCGCCGGAGGAUUUUUACGACGCGCUCGCGGCGGCGCAGAAGAAGGAGAACGAGAGGAGAGAAGCGGAGAAGAAAUCGCGAGGGUGGGCGGACCGGAACGUCGCGUUCGUGAGCGGCGGCGGUGAGACUGCUUCCCAUACGACCCCGUUCGCGUGGUGCACGCCGUUCCUUAAGGACUUUUCCCGUCGUCACUCUUCACCCGCGCUUCCCUUUCAACGUUUGACCGGUAAGACGUUCGACUGA